AUGAACUCUGGUUAUUGGCAAAUACCAAUUAAGGAGGAGGAUAAGCACAAAACUGCUUUUAUUAUAACGGCAGACGGCCUUUGGGAGUGGGAAUGUACCCCCUUUGGACUCAAGACUAGCCCAGCGGUGUUCCAGAGAUGUAUGGACCAGGUAGUUGGUCCUUUAGUCCAUCUUACCAGGAAGAGUGUAAGAUUCCAUUGGGGUCCUGAACAGGAGGCAGCCUUUGUAGAUCUGAAGGAGCGCCUAACAUCAGCUCCGAUUCUGAGACAUUUUGACCCAGAGUUGCCCAUUGAGUUGCACACUGAUGCGAGUGACCAAGGAGUAGGCGCAGCCCUUAUGCAAAAGGAUGGAGAGACAGUGCUUCCAGUAGCGUAUGGUUCACGAAGGUUAUCGGACGCCGAGAAGAAAUACACUACAACUGAGAAAGAGUGCAUCGCUGUGGUCUGGGCGGCGCAACAUUUUAGGCAGUUCUUGUGGGGCCGAAAGUUUACUAUAGUGGUGGACCACCACGCGCUAUGUUGGUUAGAUAAGAACAGAGACCUAUCGGGCAGACUGGGCCGUUGGGCUCUCAAACUUAUGGAAUUUGACUACAAGAUUAAACACAAGCAAGAGAGAUUGCACGUGGUACCAGACUGUCUAUCCAGGAAUUACGGAGGGGUAGACGAUCCGGAGGAUCAGGACAAGACCAAUGAUAUCCCAAUGUUAGCAAUUAACCUGAAAGAUCUCACCAGUCUACAGCGAGAAGAUCCCGAUUGCAAGAGGAUAAUAGAAGCAGUUCAAGACCCCGACGGAGCAGCUAGCGCAGAUCGACGGUUGGCUAAGAGCUUUAUGGUUGAAGACGGGUUACUAUAUAAGAAGAAUGUCGCACAUAAGAUAUUGUCAGAUAGAGGGACGAAUUUCACAUCCUCCUUGGUGAAAGAAUUGUUAAAAGGAUUGGGAAUACGACCAGUAUUUACAACUGCCUACCACCCCAUGUGUAAUGGACUGACAGAACAUUUUAACGGUACUUUGGCCAAAAUGCUGUCGAAUUAUGUCAGCACUAACCAGAGAGACUGGGAUUUGUAUGUAAGCCUUACUUGCUUUAGCUAUAACACAUCUGUACAAGAGACCACUCGACACACACCCUUUUUCCUUAUGUAUGGUCGAGAAGCACGACUCCCCAUAGACGUGUCCCUACGCCAACAUGCGUCAGAGGACCCACAAGUCGAGGAAGUGCUGGAGAGAGUUCAGAAGUGCCGUGAAGACGUACAGAAGAUAGUCAGCGGUACACAGAAGAAGCAGAAACAGAGGUUUGAUAGGACCCAUCGACAUGUGGAAUUUGAACCAGGGGAACAAGUAAUGGUGUGGACUCCCAUCCGCAAGAAGGGUAGAUCGACUAAGCUGCUACACAGAUGGUAUGGACCAUACCAGGUCGAGGCUAAGCUAUCGGACGUGAACUACGUGAUACUAGUCACCAAAGGAAAGAAGCCUCCGUUCCAGGACACAAUUCACGUUAGUCGGCUGAAGCGGUACUACCCUAGGACACUGUGA